GAAAAGAAAAAAAGACAUGAAUUCCAUGGUCAGCUCCGUUUGCUUGAUCGUCUUCCUCCUCUUCUUCACCAUAUCUCACGCUGGAGCCGCUCGGCCGGAGCCCACUGCAUCUCAAGUUCAGCAUCCGAAUACCCCAAUCAAAACUCCAAAUCCGGAUACUGAAACAGAGAGGGUUGAAGUGGAUGAUAUCUGCCGAGGAAUUAAAGAAGAAGAAGAAGAGUGUUUCAUGAGAACAACACUUGCAGCUCACGUCGAUUACAUCUACACCCAGAAGACCAAUCCUUGACUCAUAGCCUCUCUCUCUUCUUCAUAGAUUCGUAUCAUGUUGUUUUCAGCUUCAGGAGAGGUUUUUAGUUGAUAACGAUA